CCGUGGGACACCGGCGCUUCGCCAAUCAAAAGCCUCAUUACAAACAUUCACGUCACGUGACUACAGGUGUUUGCUGGCUUGCAACACUCAGACAGCAUUGAAAGGGACGGAGGAGAGACAGCAUGCCAGCUGCCAUUAUGGAAAAUUCAGCAGGCCAAGAUGCCAUACAGGAACUGUGUGAUUCAAUGGAUGUCCUCAUGGACAAUGGAGCACAGGCUGAUGACCUGGAUUUCCUCAAGGACCUUCUCCAGGACCCUGCUCUACUUGGAAUGGUUCAGGCAAAGGAAAACAUAGAGCGCAAGACAAGAGAGCCGAAGACGCUGCAAGCAAGUGACAUAUCCAAGGAGGUACAGUUUGUCCUGGACAACAACCGCGACAAGGACAGCAGGGAGGCUGCAGCACUGGACAACAUCAUGCAGAACCCUCACUUCAGAGCAUUAAUGCGAGCCCAUGACGAAGUGGCAGACAAGCAGUAUGGUGAUGAUGUGUUUGACACAAUGCAGCUCGAUGCCCCACCACCGCCAGUGUUUAAUGCCAUCACAGAACAGAUUAGAUUCGUCACCAUCAGAAAAUCCACAACAGAACCGCUGGGCAUUACUGUCAAGUUGGAUGAGAUGAAUGACCUUGUGAUAGCCAGGAUCCUGUCUGAUAGUGUCAUCGACCGGCAAGGCUUGUUAAGAGUUGGCGAUAUCAUUCGUGAUGUGAAUGGCUAUCCAGUGGCCACCCCGGAACACUUGAUGGACAUCAUCAUGGACGCAGACAGCAACAUCAUGCUCAAGAUCGUACCAUCCUACAAUGACCAUGCCAACCCAGAGCUGAAAUACAUGAAGGCUCACUUCUCAUAUGACCCCCUGAAGGAUCGACUGAUUCCAUGCAAGGAUGCUGGCCUUCCCUUCCAAGAUGGAGAUGUACUGGAGAUUAUCAAUGAAGAAGACCCCAACUGGUGGCAGGCCCGCAUUGCUGAUGCGAAUGGUCCCACUGGGUUAAUCCCAUCCCAGUCAUUGGAAGAAAAAAGGAAAGCUUUUGUUCAGCCAGACUUUGACUAUUCAAAAGGAAGUUUAUUGUGCGGUCUGACAAGGAAGAAGAAGAAGAAGUACAAGUACAGUAGCAAGGCCAGUAAAGAGUUUGACAAGUGCGACCUUAUGAUCUAUGAGGAAGUGGUUCGAAUGGCACCAUUCAAACGUCGGAUCCUUGUGCUAGUGGGAGCACAUGGGGUGGGUCGUCGCUCGCUCAAAGAACGCCUCAUUAGGGAUGACCCAAAGCGAUUUGGUGCCGUCAUGCCGCACACAUCUCGCGCUCCAAGAGAAGGAGAAGAAAAUGGAAAAGGAUACUAUUUCAUUGACAGAGAGACAAUGGAUGCUGACAUCAAUGAUGCCAAGUAUAUUGAAUAUGGAGAAUUCAAUGGCAACAUUUAUGGCACAAAGAUAGAGUCCAUCUAUGAUGUUAUCCGCAGUGGAAAGAUGUGUGUGCUUGAUGUCAACCCAACAUCUCUCAAAGUGCUGAAGUCACCGGAGUUCACAUCUUACAUCGUGUUCAUUGCUGCCCCUAGUGUGGAGGCCCUCAAGGUCAUGUAUGAAGAUGGCAGGAAGCUCUUAAGGGGCACUAAGGACAAAAGAGGAGUCAACAUGGUGGAACUGAGAUCGGAGGAAGAUUUUAUCCGUACAGUGCAAGAGAGUGCUCAGAUCGAGCAGGUGUACAAGGCAUAUUUUGAUGAAACCAUUGUGAAUGACAGCUUUGAAGAAACGUUCCGAUCCAUACGCAAGUUACUGGGAGACAUGGAGGUCCUCCAGCAGUGGGUUCCAGUCAACUGGGUCUACUGAGACAUCGUCAGAGAAACAUUGUCUGGUAUGCUGACAUUGUCAGAGAGACAGGGAUUGCAUUUGGAACAUGGUAAACUGAGGCAGAGCUUUGUCUAUAUGUCAGGAUAGCUCAAGAUGUAUGACAAUGUUGCUGGCGGUGUAGUAAGUCAACCCUUUGUGGGUAGUUCCAUUCGUCAGCCAUGUUUGAUGCCAUGAAUAGUGCUGUUGCAGUUAAGAAUACCACCAUUGCACAUGUUUUUUAUCAUGUAGCUUCACCAUCACCAAAGCCUCACCUAAAAUGAGAAUUGGAAUUACUUAAAUCAGGUCAUAGGAACAGAAACAUGUCUGAUUUCAUUAAACAAUGAAAUGCAAUAGGGCUAGACGUUAACCAGUAUAUUGGAGUUUUCAGGCAUUAUUUGUCCUGGAUAUUCGUUGUAUGCAGAUAUAGUUGCAUCACUAAACAUCAUGCACCAGCAGCUGUAAGGCUGACUUUCACUAUCAUUGCUGUCCUAUUACAUGGAGAUGAACAAUUAAUACAGGUUACAGGGCUGAUGUUAUUAUUGACAGGGCCCCAUUUAGUUUCAUCUUGAACUGUGGUGCUGAACUAGAUGAGCAAGAAGAUUAGUUGGUGUUAUGCCAUUACAAGUCCCAGAUAUGUGUUGUUGACCCAAUUGUCAUUAAAACGGAAAUCAUGAAAUUGAAAUGCAUAUCAAGGCAACCGAAUGUGCAUAUAACCAUGGUAACACAAAUUUAAUGAGAAGCAUUACCUAGAAGUCACAAAAAUCAACUUGGUGAAUGUGGUCUGAAUGGCAUUCUAAGAACAAGAAAUAUGUGUGGAUCGUUUUGCUAUUCACAUGAAGACUACAGAAUACUUUAUUUGGACUGUGGCCAGUGUUGUUGGAAGAGGAUGGAUGUUGAAAUAGAAUCCUUAUACAGGGACAUUCACUUUCCCUUUAUAGUUUGGUCAUGUGAUGAUCACUUAAGGAUCUAAUUUCUAUAGUUUUUCCUGUCACACCUUUUUUAGAAUAAAUUAUUCAGAAUAUUCCAUGUCUCCAAUGCUGAAAUACAUGUGAUCGGAAAGACAACUUGAUCAAAAUAAGGCUCUUUAACAGCAGCAGAAAUUAACAAAUAAAACCAGAAAAUGUACUAGCUGUCAGGAUGCCUGUACCAUUAGACUGACUGAUGGUGCCAAGUUCUGUUACUGGUCAAAGCCUUGUCUGUUGCUUUGAGUGCCAGUCAGACCUGUUAAAUAUGGUUUCUUUAAAUACCUGGUAAUGGUAUAGCUCUCUUCAGAAUGCAUGUUAUAUCAUUAUCACCUGUCAUUCAGUUUUGAACCUUUCUUGAAUAUGUUGUCUAAAUUGUCCUGGUUGUUUCUCUGCAAUGAAACCAAAUGUCAAAAGUUACAAGAACAGGAAACAUGGAUCAUCGAUAUGUAUCCCUUGAUAUAGAGUUGGGUUGACACGUUGAUACUUCAGUUGACAUUGAUUCUUCAGUUAACAUGUUGAAAAUGUAUGUAACAUGUUGAAAAUUCAGUUAACACAUUGACACUUAAGUUAACAUGGUGUUUUGUCAUUAAGAGUUCAUAUUUCUGUUAGAUAGCUAAGUCAAGACAGCUUUAAAAAACAAAGGAAACAAAUAUGGAUGAUCCUUUUCUGUAUGCAACACACUGAACAUAUCCUGAAAGUGUGCUUUGAAGUGGUGGUUUGAAACUGACCCCGUAACCAUGGCAACUAGAAGCAGAAACACCUAACUUAUUUUAGUAGUGUUAUCAUUUACCUUCUUGCCAUUUUUGUAUCAACAUUUGUUGUAGACCUUUUGAUAUAUUUGUGUUAAGUAGUUGUUUGAAAAGGACAAUAAGAUUUCCAAUUUAAGUCUUAUUCUUCUUUCUUGGUAUUGAAAUAUUUUCAUUUACUUAAAGCAAUAACAGUUCUUCAACCCUGUCAGUUACAACCAACCAUGUACUCCUGCUUAUAUAUUUGUAUGCACUUGUACGAAGGAGGAACAUACAUAGAGAAUCAUCAGGAAAGAUGGGGAUGAAAAGUUCAAUGAAAUUUAACCUUUUUUGUGUAAACUUUCCUAUACUUUACACACACACACACACACACACACACACACACACACUCACACUAACACACAGGUAUUAUUUGUUUGAUUCCUCAGUAAUCCUUCUAAUGUUGCUUUUUGUUCAUUUUGAUUUGUGUACCAAAUUACUAAAAGACAUCUGUAUAGUCCCUAUAGCAGUCAAGAGUUACCUCCCUUACUCUGCGAGAAAAUCUGGACGAUCAGGAAUACUUCUCAUUGCUUAGUGUUAACAAUUCUAUAUUUGUUUUUCUAUUCGUUCAAUUUACUGUUGCGGUCAUUUUAAACAGUUUAAUGAUAAACAUUGAAUGGUAUGGUAUAAUUGAUUCGGUUUAUGUGCAAGUGGAUUUGAAUAAUUUGUUUUUUUGUAUUGUAUGGAAAAAAAUUAAUAUGUCAUGUUUGAGUGCAGCUGAGAGAUGUAAUAAAAAAAUAGGAAUAUAUUAUCAGAUACUAAUUGAUAACAAUUAUUUUGAAAAUGAUGUGACAAGGUUAUAUUUUUAUUUCACUUUAAGGGCAUUAACGAGAAGCCGAAACUGAGGGAAGUUGAAGUAAGAAACUUUUAAUGAAACAAAAAUCUUUUUUCAAUAUAAUAUUCUGCUUAACAAGAAAAUAUGUCUGUGCCUAAUUGAAUGUGUAAUUGUUUUAUUUUAUGACUUUAUCAAUUCCUCAACUGUUCUUAGUAACAGAUUUGUGUAAUCAGCAAUAUUUCAUGAGGGGUCCUUAUACAUGUACCUCCGUUGUUGUUAUUGUUGUACAGAUAUAUCAUUGUCCUACUUCAUAGUCACCGCUGUCACAUGUUAAUCAUUCCAAAUGCUUGUUGUGUAAUAUUACCGCAAACACAGUAGAUGCUGGUCUAAUUCAUUCCAACAGGCUUGGGUGUCACAGUUACAUGCAAAAUGAAAAACUUUGUAAAGUGUUCCGCCAGGUAUAACAGUCUUUCAUUAAUAUGCAGUUGUGACUGAUGCAGUAUGAAGAGAGAGUUUUGUUUACUGUUAACUGGUUGAAGCUUAGGAGUUGAAUGUAAUGAUGCCGAUUGCACCAGAGAUGGAUCUGUGUAUAGUGUGUGAUAGCGUGUAUUUGCAUUCCCCUGCACACCAGGCCCAGGCAGUUCUACUCCUGUCGCUUUGUGAUUUGUUUAACAUAGUAUGCUCAAUAGAAUACAUUUAUAUUUCUUUUCACCCAUUUAUUCUGAAAAGUCAUAGUUUGAAUAAAAGUUGGUGCAUUAGUAGAAUGUGGUAUUCUAAUUAUCAUAUAUAGUGGUGAUUAUUGUUUUGAAAUUUCACUGCUGUAGAGCUGAUUAAUGGUUGCCAAGCUGGGAAGUCCAAACUUUAGAAGAGCACUGCUCGGGCACUAACACUGGUCCACUGGUCCCAGUCUAGUAUAUUUGCUUAAGGACCAGUAAAAUGAAAUGGUCCGGUGGUCUAGUGUUGUUUUUAGGAAGAACAAAGAAAUUUAAGUUUGUAUGACUUUUGAAAUCAGCAAUAGAUCAAUUCUAAACUCUAAGCACCAUUGUGGCUGGUAGAGAUCCAACAGGAACAGUAAAUUCUUUUCUGGUGCUGGUCCUUUGGACCACUGACAAGUGUCAAGCACUGGGAGAGUGUUCUGGUGAUGUUGUAACACUCACAGAAGACCUUUGACCCUUGACCCUUCCUGUGUACAAGGUAGGUCAGUGCAGAUGGUAUAAGGUAUGUGCAUCCACUGUCUGUAGACUUGUCAAUAGUGCCUUGCACCCUUUUAAUAAGAUAACCUGACAAGAUUGACAACACAGCACUUUAUCAUGCCUGUUGGUCUUGGCAUCUAAAGCUGUAUGCACACUGAAAAUAAUUUUGUGUGCUUAUAACCUUUUUAUUCUGACAAGAUACUAUUUUUGAAAUGAGGUUAAAAAAUAAGAGACCUUGAAUUUUGACACCAGGUAACUAUUUAAUGUAUUUUCCAUUGGUGAGGACGACAUCAUUAACAUGCUUAUUAGGCAGCAGUUUGAAUUAUUUCAUUGAUAGAAUAUACCUUAGAAUCAAAAUGUAAAUUAUUUGUGAUCACUUCUAAAGCAUUCCUUAUGUAUUUGUACAUACUCAAAUAAUUAUGUCAUAAGCCAAUGUGAACUUUGAACUUAUUGACCUCUGUACUCUGACCUAUGCACCAGGUAACACAAGUGUGCCGUGACAUUAUUUUUAUGAAGAGUAUAUUUUGAAAAUAAGAUGUGAUAUAUUGAAAUUUAUCUUACAAAGAUUGUAAAUUGUGUAAUUUAUGCAUUCUGUUAACUCCCUCCAGAUUAUCAGUGCCUGAUUCUAGUUUUCUAAAACCUGAAUAAGAAAUAUUCUUAUUUCCUGUGUUACUUUACACAUUGAGUAUGUGUUGGCAUUUUGUUAAGAACUGUUAGAUUAUUAUCCUGACUGACCUAGGAUGUUAUCAUGGCUAUGCUUUGGAGAAUUACUUUCACUUUCAAUAUUUCUACGAUUUCUUCAUAUUUUUUUGUAAUUCAUUUGGGGUUUUACCUGUUUUCUAAAGUGAUUGUACAGUACUUUUCUACUUUAUAUCUGUAGUCAUAUUUGGUAUGAGAUUUUAGAAAAUUGCAUAGUACAGUAUUUAGUUUGGAAGUCUUCCACUAGAGUAAAAUACACUUGGGGUAUUUCAUGGUUGAAAAAAGUGACUUCAGUAUCUGUUUUUUAAAGGGUGACUAAUCUAUUAACAAAGGUUGAAACAUGAGUAAUAGCAUGCCCAUGCUUUUUCUUUUGGGAAGUUGUCAUAAGUUGAUGUAACCGAGGAUCAUUUUGAACAUAUCUUGAUGUCCUCAGGUAUAAUGAAUGGUUGAAUAUGCUUGAGUUAAAUAACACCAUAGCUUUAACUUGGUUACAAUACACAUGAAGGAUAGAUUGCAAAUAAGUGUUUAUUGUAAUCUACCCAGCAGUUGAUGAAAGUUGCCUUUUUGCUGUAAAUCUGACAAGAACGACUAAAAUGCACAAUGUAUAUUAUCAGACAAUUUAUGUACUUCUUAAAUUGUAUCACAUCACAACUUAAUAUGAAGAUGUAACUAAUACAGAUCUUGUUAUUGAGCAAUAUUCACUCACUUCUCACUGCAUCUGGUCAGUGAUUCCAUUGAUUAGCUGGCACAAGGCUUCAAACUCUUCUUUCCUUCUGAGAGGAUGGUUGUUGAUAUACCUAUUGUAAAACAAGAUGUCACCUCAUUCACUAGUAACAAAGUAACAUGCAAAACUAUUUCUUUUCGUCUGAAAAUAAAAAAAAAUGUUCCAUAACAUAUUUGACAUGCGCAAGGUUUAACUUUAAGGUUUCAGCGUCAAGACUUGCUAGAAUCUUGUCCUGAUGUUUUAUUUACCACAUAUCAUCUAAACUAAAAAAUAAUUUCUCUUUGAUAAAAACAAUUAACCAGUAAUAUUAAAAAAGGUAAUUCAGUGGUGAGACUGAAUCACUUACUGUCAUGAUUUACGUUAAAACAGUUUUUUUGACUGUUGAUGUUCCAUAGCUUUAUAAAACAUAUACUUAUAUACUAGGAUGUAAUUUGAUUAAGUGCAAAGGAAUAAAACGUUAAUGAUAUACAUCCAGUUAAGUGUGUGUUCAUUGUUCAGCCUUAUCACUUAUUUGGCAUGUGAUGUAAACUAUAUACUCUUAACACUAAAAUGUAUACUAUUUUCAAUAAACUUUAUGUGUCAUUGUU